AUGCCCGGCCGCCGCCGGUCGCCCCCCCGGUCGCCCGGCCGCCACCAAUCACCCCGUCGGUCGUCCCACGGGUCGCCCCACCACCACCGGUCGCCCCACUGGUCGCCCGGCCGCUGCCAGUCGCCCCACCAGUCGCCCCACCAGUCGCCCACCACUGGUCGCCCAGCUGGCGCCGGUCGCCCCACCACCGUCGCCCGCCGCCGCCGUUCGGCCGCCGCCGGUCGGCCGCCGCCGGUCGCCCGGCCACCGUUCGCCCGGCCACCAGUCCCCCCAGGUCGCCUUGCUGGUCGUCUGACUGCCACCAACAGUCAACCUGCUGCGGACUGA